AAAUAAGACGACGGUAGACAAACAGCGUGACCUCGAGUCUGGCCUCCAGGGUCCCGGGGGUUGUCUGUGUGCAGGCCGGAACGCAUACUUUGCGGCUUUCUUGGAGAUGGCUGGCCUUACUCCAAAGAAUAUUCUGCUCUUUGAAAUUGCUGACACAUUCUAUGACGUCGCCUUGAUGCUCGUGCUGGACGACGAGACGCGCGCCAUUGUCAUUAUUGUCCGCGGCACUUUGUCCGGUGAUGAUACCCUGUGUGAUCUGCUCGCGAUUGGCGAGCCAGUGAGGGAGACAGACGAGAAGUUGCCCGAGGGUCAGCGCUACCUGGGCCAUGGUGGUAUGGUACGAGUUGCCCGAAGGGUCUGCAAAAAAAUCAUCAAGGAACGCUGGGUGGAGAACGCCCGAAAGCUGCGUCCAGACUACCCGGUGGUGAUCUGUGGCCACAGUCUCGGUGCUGGCCUUGUUUCGCUCAUUGAACAAUGCUCAGACUCAACUAGAGACUAUCUUGUCUCUGUCAUCUACGGCUAUGACAUGGUCGGUCGUUUGGGUGCCGCAACCCUAGAGGACCUUAAAGCUCGUCUCUUCCACGCCCUCUGUGUCUGCAAUGUGCCGAAAUUCAAAAUGCUUGGCAGUCGUAUGAGCAUCUGCCUCUUCAAUAAGUUCUGCCCCUGUAGCAAAACUGCCCCGCUUGGC